AGAGUGUGUGUGUCUGUUCCAGGGAGAAUAUCAGCUGUGCACAGGGAGGAGAGGAUUAGCUCGAGCACUCAGCUCAUCUGCAUACACGUUCUCAGAGAAGUACAUGAGCACCCAGUGUUGCUCCUCUUUUGUAUGAAACCUGGCACUGCCAUCACACAGGCUCCACUUCAUCUACUGUCACUGCUCAGAGAGGAUUUAAAAGGGACCACUGUUAUUGUUUUUUUGUCUCCUUUUUACAUGAUUCCACAUCCUAUUUUUAAAUCAUUGUCUAAGAUGUCUCUACAUUUUUGGGACAAUGACACUGAUAUCCUUUGAUUUGGACUUGCUCUGAGCAUAAAAUAGUUUUUCUGCUCUUUUCUUUUGGGCACUUUUUUUCCUCUGGCGUUUGGUUUGUGGAGACUGAAGCACCAGGAUGCCAUCUAGAGAGUCCUACGAGAUUCACAAAGAAGAGAAGUCCCUGGUGCAAAAGGCCAAGCGAGAGGCCAAUCAGGAGGAUAUUCUGGCUGCAGCUCUGGGGAUGAGGAUGGGGCCACAGAAACCUCCAGCCACUUUCUGGCAGCCGCUUAAACUAUUCGCCUAUUCACAGCUCACCUCACUGGUGCGCAGGGCUUCACUGAAGGAGAGCGAGCGGACUCCCAGAUCUGAGAAAGUCCACAACUUCAAGGUCCACACCUUCAGGGGGCCUCACUGGUGUGAACACUGUGCCAACUUCAUGUGGGGACUGAUGGCUCAGGGGGUCAAAUGUGCAGAUUGUGGGUUAAACGUCCACAAGCAGUGCUCUCCACUGGUACCCAAUGACUGCAAACCAGACCUGCGACACAUCCGUAAAGUGUACAGCUGUGACCUUACGACCCUGGUGAAAGCCUACAACACAGCACGGCCCAUGGUGGUGGACAUGUGCAUACGAGAGAUCGAGUCCAGAGGACUGAGGUCUGAAGGUCUCUACAGAAUAUCUGGAUUCAGCGACUCUGUGGAGGAAGUCAAGAUGGCGUUUGACAAAGAUGGCGAGAAGACAGACAUCUCAGUGACUGCCUAUGAAGACAUCAAUAUCAUCUCGGGUGCUCUCAAACUGUACCUGAGGGAUUUGCCUGUCCCUGUCAUCUCAUACGACGCUUACCCGAGGUUCAUCGAGGCUGCAAAGCUCACAGAUCCAGAGAAGAAAGUGGAAGCUUUCCGUGAGGCUCUGGCUCUGCUUCCGCCAUCUCACAGUGAAACUUUGAAGUACCUCAUGGCACACUUAAAAAGGGUGACACAGAAUGAGGAAUUUAACCUGAUGAACGCAGAGAACCUCGCAAUAAUUUUCGGUCCCACCCUCAUGCGCGCACCAAACCUGGAUGCCAUGACAGCACUCAACGACAUCCGCUACCAGAGACAGGUGGUGGAGCUGCUUAUUAAAAAAGAAGAAGUUCUCUUCUAGACACAGAUUAGGACUUUUAAGGAAAUGCUGUCUGAUAAUUCCUUUGUGUAAAGACUUGAAUGACUGUUUGUAUGACAUUUAUUGAUACAUUUUUUUAAAUGCCCUGCGUAUGGACGAGUGCUGCCCUAACAUCUGUCCUCCCUUGUGUUAAGGGGUCGGCGAUGAACUUUACACUUGUACGUACUCUAUAUCUCCCCAUUUCUGUCGGGGGAUUUUCAGAAGCUGACAGACCAGCAUGCAUGGUGCGAGGUCUUAGUUGCUUUGUAGUCGUAACCCAGCAUGUGUUCAGAACGUGUAGCGCCGUUAUUUUUUUGCUUUUGUCUAGUCUCUACUAGUCCACAUUCCCAGCUGCCUGCUGUGCAGUUUUUUUUCUGUGAAACAUUGUACAGCUGGAUGUAAAAAUAAGCUACUGAUUUUUCUUGGGUGAUUUCUAUGAUGCUUUUAUUAUGUUUUUGUUUUUUUUAUCUCCUCAACUGUUUUUAUGUAACCUGACGUAGAAUGAGCCUUUCCUGUUAAUGUGUACACACUGGUGAAUUUGCCUGACCUUAACAUUUUUAUUGUGUUUUAAACAGAAUUUUUUUUGUGAAUUUAAUUUUGUACUGUGAUGUUUUGUACACACCUUGUGCAUGAUCACUUUAAUUUAUUAAACCUUACUCUGAUAAACAGCGUGCCCAAGAGUUCUCUGAAUUACUGUAGAUAUGUUAGACCGUACAUAAGAAGGGGACAUGGCUGUGACAUUAUCAUCUGAUUUGUUGACUCAUUUUCUGAGGCCUCAAAUUAGGCCAUAUUUAUUUUUAUAAUCCAAAAUCACUGUAUUUGGACAAGAGGGUGGAGCUUUAGAGGAGCCAGAGAUUAGCGAAUGCUAAUUUAUAUGAUAAUGCUGGUGCUAGCUCGGUUGGCAUGCUGCAUCUGUAAUACACCAUAAAUGUUUUUUUGUGUUUCUUACCCCAUGUUUAUCAUGUCUAGUUUUACUUCCUGCCUUGAGUGUUUCCCGCCUCAAUGAUUGUGUGCCCUUCCCUGAUUGUUUUUACCGGUGUCUUAUGACUACGGAGCCCCUGAAGUCCCAAAAAGUCAAAAAAAAAAAUGUGCGCACAAGCUAUUAUCUAAUUAUCUCAUCGCACAAGAUAAUAACUUUUGUGCACAAAAUAAAUCAUACGUGCUGGUG